AACGAAAUAGCGGCUCUCCCUGCCGGCAAUGGCAGAAUCUGAGGUUUAACAGAGGUUCCUCGCAGGCCGUAGCAUGUUGCCUCAAUUCCCUUCUCUGCCCCUUUCUUCCCCUCCGUUUCCCUCCCUUUUCCUUUACUCUUAUCACCAACAAGCCAUGGCUUCCACGGCGCCAUUCUCAACUACAUCUCAAAUUCAGUACUCGGCGUGGCCAUCAAAACCUCCAUCUAAAUCCUCAAAACCCCACAAAAACCUCCACUUUCUCUCCAGCCAAGCUCCCCUCACUCCUCUCUCUGCUUUCUCAUCUUCUUCCUCUUCAUCCUCAUUCCCCGCUUCCCUCAAUCCCAAAUCCCCCAGGAACCCACUUCUCUUCAAGCCAUUAAACGAUUCCAGCCACGACCAUCUCCUCGAAGACCGGCAAUCCCUCGAGAAUCUCAUGAAUUUGGAUUUACGGGAAAGAGAUCGAAUUGAAGGCAAAGAAGAGGAAACGAGUGUUUUCAUCCAAGACCCACCUUGGAUUUCAGCUCUGUUCCUGAAAGGUAUGCAGAAAUUGGCUCACCGGGAAGUGAGAGUGGCGUUCAAGGAUAUCGAGAAGAGGAAGUACAAUUUGCUUAGGAGGAGGCAGAUUAAGGAUGAGACGGAGGCGUGGGAGGGAAUGGCGGAGGAGUAUAGGGGAAUGGUUAGGGAGAUGUGUGAGAAGAAGCUGGCGCCUAAUUUGCCUUACGUUAAAGGUUUGUUCUUGGGAUGGUUUGAACCGUUGAAGGAAGCUAUUGAGAAGGAGCAGAUGUUGCAUAAGGGGAAGAAGCAGAAGACUGCUUUUUCGCCGCAGAUUGAAUCGUUGCCCGCGGAUAAAAUGGCGCUCAUUGUCAUGCAUAAGAUGAUGGGGUUGUUGAUGGUGGGACAUGAAGAUGGGUGUAUUCAGGUUGUUCAGGCUGCUGUGCAAAUCGGGAUUGCUAUAGAGCAGGAGGUUAGGGUUCACAAUUUCUUGGAGAAGGCCAAGAAGUACCAGCGGAACAAGACAGCUACUGAUGAUGAAGACAGCCAAAGAGUAGAGAAGGAGAUCCUUAGAAAACGUCUUAAUAGCUUGAUGAGGAGGAAAAAGCAUGUGGAGGUGCAGAAGUUGGUGAAAAGCGAUGAAAUCAAACCUUGGGGACGUGAUAUCCAGGCUAAGCUAGGAAGUCGGCUGAUACACCUCUUGACCGAGACAGCUUUUAUACAAGCUCCAGUUGACCAGUUGUCGGAUACUCCACCAGAUGUGCGACCUGCCUUUAGACAUCGGUUCAAAAAUUUGCCAAGGAGCCCAGGGCAAAAGAUCAUGAAGAGAUAUGGAGUUGUAGAGUGCGAUCCUCUCGUACUGGCAGGGCUUGAUGGAUCUGUGAGUAAGAUGACAAUUUCUGCUAAGCAUAUGUUGGUUCCUUAUUUCCCAAUGCUGAUACCUCCCAAGAAAUGGAAAAGUCAUGACAAAGGCGGGCAUCUGUUCUUGCCUUCUUAUGUCAUGCGCACUCAUGGAUCAAGGAAGCAACAAGAGGCACUUAAGGGGGUGCCAAGAAACCAAAUGCAGAGAGUAUUUGAGGCCCUGGAUACACUUGGUAACACGAAAUGGAGGGUGAACAGACAAGUACUCGAUGUGGUAGAGACCAUUUGGGAAAAUGGUGGCAACAUUGCAGGCUUGGUGGACCGGGCAGAUGUCCCCUUGCCAGAGAAACCAACCUCAGAAGACCCAAUAGAACUUCAGCAGUGGAGAUGGAACGUGAGUAAAGCUAAAAAGAUAAACCGAGAGAGACAUUCUCAACGCUGUGACACUGAACUUAAACUUUCUGUUGCUCGGAGACUGAAAGAGGAGGAUGGCUUCUAUUAUCCUCACAAUCUAGACUUCCGUGGUCGAGCAUAUCCAAUGCAUCCACAUUUGACUCAUCUGAGUUCUGACCUUUGUCGAGGAGUUCUUGAAUUUGCUGAAGGAAGGCCAUUGGGGAAGUCUGGGUUAAGUUGGCUAAAAGUCCAUUUAGCAAACUUAUAUGGAGGUGGGGUUGAAAAGAUGCCCCAUGAUGCGCGCCUGGGAUUCGUUGAGAAUCAUCUGGGUGAGAUAUUCGAUUCAGCACAUAACCCUGUCGAUGGAAAGCGCUGGUGGUUAACCGCUGAAGACCCUUUCCAGUGCUUAGCGGCUUGUAUUAAUCUGGCAGAAGCUUUAAAGAGUUCAUCACCUCAUUUGACAAUCUCAUACCUGCCAAUUCAUCAGGAUGGCUCAUGUAAUGGCUUACAGCACUAUGCAGCUUUGGGAAGAGACACUCUGGAAGCAGCAGCAGUUAACUUAGUAGCUGGAGAGAAACCAGCUGAUGUUUAUUCUGAGAUAGCUGUGAGGGUCCAUGAAAUAAUGGAAAGAGACAGCGCUAAGGACCCUGCUACAUAUCCAACUGCCUUAUUAGCCAAGGCCUUGACCGGUCAGGUGGAUAGGAAAUUAGUUAAACAAACAGUGAUGACUUCUGUCUAUGGUGUUACUUAUGUUGGAGCACGAGAGCAAAUAAAAAGAAGAUUAGAGGAGAAGGGUCAUUUUACUGAUGAUAAACUGUUGUUCAGUGCAUCUUGUUAUGCUGCUAAGGUAACGUUGACGGCCUUAGGUGAGUUAUUCCAAGCUGCACGUGAUAUCAUGGGGUGGCUUGGUGAUUGUGCGAAGGUCAUUGCUUCAGACGGGCAACCUGUGCGGUGGACGACUCCCCUAGGUCUCCCUGUUGUGCAACCAUACUACAAGAGUGAACGACAUCUUAUAAAGACUUCACUCCAAGUUUUGGCCCUGCAGCAGGAGGGUACCACAGUGGAGGUACGGAAACAGAGAACUGCAUUUCCACCGAAUUUUGUGCACUCGCUUGAUGGGUCGCACAUGAUGCUGACUGCUAUGGCUUGUAGAGAUGCCAAUUUGCGUUUUGCAGGGGUACAUGAUUCCUUCUGGACACAUGCCUGUGAUGUGGAUUUGAUGAACCGGCUGCUUCGUGAGAAAUUCGUAGAGCUGUAUAGUAUGCCCAUACUUGAAAAUUUGCAUGAAAGCUUCCAGAUAACAUAUCCAGGACUGAAGUUCCCACCUCUUCCUGAGAGGGGGAACUUCGACUUGAACGAAGUGCUCAAAUCACAAUACUUCUUCAACUGAAAUUCUUCCCUCGUUAUCGUGACAUAUCGGCUAACCUCAGAUCUAUUGCUGCUCAUUCAUGAUAAUCCUCAUGAAUGGCUCUAGGAUGUUGCCUGGAAACGAUUCUUCGAGCAGAAUCAGGGUUCAAAGCUGGCAGUGGGAAUCAGGAAAGGCGGAGGGUGCUUCAACAAAAGUAUGGUGCCAGCUUUGCCUCCGCAAUCUUGUAAAGCUUCCUGAGAGCCAGAGGUUUGUUCCCCUGCUUUGUUAUGAUCCAACAGGGAAAAGGGUGCGACUCGCUCUGAAAACAGGCAGAUUGAGAGACCUCUCGAGAAUCUGAGAGCGUGGGACCUUUCUUCUUGAAGGUGAACUUCUUCCUGGGAGGAUGGGGUGCCUUUAAUGGGACCUGAUACGAAUUAAACAGAGCCUAAUCAACAGCUGAGUUUCAAGGCAUGCUGUCUGGUGAGAGGGCAUUGUGAAAACCGUUGAAUCUAAAUCAUAUACCAGAUCAAUUGUAGAGUCAAAGAUCAGUCUGCAGAAUGUUAGUUGCAAACUUUUUGUUUCCAGUUUUAUGUAUGGGGCGGGGUAUAAUGUAAAUGAAUAAGGCUGUGAGCUUAGAAGCCACAUUUUUGUAACAUAGCAAGUUUUCCGUUGACUUAUCUCAACUAUGGCAGGAAUUUAUAAUUGAUCAAAGUGGAAUUGAAAGUACAUCUUAUAGGAAUUGGAGUCCUUAAGUUUGUUUCGAGUGCUUAACUUUAU